AUGCUAAGGUCAGCUCUGCGGCCCGCGGGCGCUGCUGCUCGGGCCACGCGGCCCGCGCUGCACACGGCAAUGCGGGCGUGCGCCUCUGCAGUCACCAAGGUGACGGGCGGCUCGACGGGCGUCUUUCCGCAGGCGCCGAGCCCUCUGCAGGAGUUUUCGGUCGUCUACACCGACCGUGCGCUCAACCACAUGUCGGAGCCGUUCAAGAAGGUGAUGCUCGACAUGGACGAGCUUCUCUGCGACAUCUACGGCGCCGAUACCGCUGUCAUCAUCCCCGGGUCUGGGACGUACGGCAUGGAGGCGGUCGCGCGGCAGUUUGCGACGGGCAAGAAGGCGAUGGUGCUGCGGAACGGCUACUUCUCUUGGCGAUGGACCGACAUCUUCGACACGGGCGACAUCCCGUCCGAGUCGGUGGUGGUGCAGGCGCGGCCCUGCAACGUCGUCGAGGGCAAGCAGCAGUUUGCCCCGCCGCCGAUCGAGGAGAUGGAGGAGCGGAUCCGCGCCGAGAAGCCGGCC